UCCACACCAAUGGCUUCCAAUGACCAAAUUAGCAAAAAACAUCUUCUUCUAAACCCAGAUGAAGCAACAUUUUUAGAGUUGUUUCGCAUCUUAGGUUCGAGUGAAAUAGAUGACAGAGAAUUUAUGAAGUGUCUCAAAGUGACAGAGACCAUGCUCGAGCGCAGAGGGAUCAUUUUUCUCUCCACCUUAGGGCAGACGGCUCUGCGAGCCGCGUCAGGUCCCAUGUCAUGGAUUGGAUCAACUGUUGGGUGGGGGCUGAACCUUCUGUCUGGGAAUACCAAUGCAUCGGAGAAAGAAUCAGACAAAUAUUUGUCAACUGUCGGGUAUUUGGACCCGAGAAUGGAUUUAGACAGCCUCAUCAGACCUGGAGAUAUCAGAUAUUUUCCGGCACUCUGCGCAAUGGCUUCCAAAAUAGCAUACGAGAAUAAAGCAUUCAUAAAAGCUACAGUUGAAGAUCGGUGGAAGAUGAAGCUAUUGGGCGCUUAUGAUUUUUGGAAUGAGUAUCAGGAGAAGCAUUCAACACCAUCUUUCAUGCUUCACGAUAAAAAUGCCAACCCUGAUAUGAUCGUGGUGGCAUUCAGAGGCACUGACCCCUUCGAUGCUGAUGCCUUUAGUACCGACAUCGAUAUCUCUUGGUUCAAGUUCGGGGAAGGCGCCGGAAAAGUCCAUAGUGGUUUUAUGAAAGCCUUGGGCUUACAGAAGGAUGAAACAUGGCCUAAAAUAGCCAAAAGAGACGAUAAUCACCCGUUAGCUUACUACACCAUCCGAGAGGAACUGAGAGAGAUCUUUCGGAAUAAUCCUUGGACGAAAUUCAUUCUGACCGGACACAGCUUGGGCGGCGCACUAGCAAUUCUCUUUUCGGCAGUGCUAGUGUUGCACGAAGAAUCAGAUAUAUUGAAGAGGGUGGAGGCAGUGUACACAUUUGGGCAGCCUAGGGUUGGAAACAAAAAGUUUGGGGAUUUCAUGGAAGGAAAGUUUAAAGAUUAUGGUAUUCGAUAUUUUAGGUUCGUUUACAGCCAUGAUAUCAUUCCUAGGCUGCCUUUUGACGACAACACGUUAAUGUUUAAGCACUUUGGGACAUGCCUCUACUAUGAUACCAACUAUGAGGGACAGAGAGUUGCUGAAGAACCAAUGCAGGACUACUUCUCCCUCCAAUCAUUUUUUACAAAGAAGAUAUAUGCCCUGAAGGAGCUGGGAAGAAGCUUUAUCAUUCCCUUCAAACAUGGACCAGAAUACAGAGAAAGUUGGCUCCUCCAAUUGUAUAGGGUUUUCGGAGUCGCCGCACUCGCUGGUUUAGUAGCUCAUGGUCCACAAGAAUACAUAAACGCAACCCGACUAGGAAAUGCUGAUAUAUUAACAUAGAUCGAAGUGGACCAAGAUCCAACGUAUGUAGAAUUGAAUAAAAAGGGGCAAGUAACUAGCUCCAAGUGAUCCUGUAUCUACUGGUAACAACUGAUAUGUGUGUGGGUGUGUUUGUGGUUUGUGUUCAGUAAAGUAUAGCUAAUUGUAAUAAAACAAUGUUGAAGCAUUCAACUUUACAUGUGCAAGAGAAAUUAUGUUAAUUGUUUGCACUUACUCGUAGUAUAUAGUUUGUCCUUUUCCAGAAUUCAC